UCCUAACAAUCUCCAGAAUGAGUUCUUUAUUUCGUAGUGAGGAGAUGUGUCUCGUGCAGCUGUUUUUUCAAACUGAAUCGGCUCACAAUUGCAUCAAUGAACUCGGGUAUCUUGGAUUGGUUCAGUUUAAAGAUCUGAAUCCUGGUGUAACAGCAUUUCAAAGGCGAUUUGUGAAGGAAGUGAAGAAAUGUGAAGAAAUGGAGAGAAUUCUAAGGUAUCUUGAGAAGGAGAUGGUGAAAUCUAACAUUGUAAUUGCUGCAACAAAGGAGAAGGAGAUGGCUCCCUGUCCCAGAGAUGUUCUGGAGCUUGAGUCCACGUUUGAGAAGUUGGAGCAGGAGCUGCGAGAAAUCAACUGUAACCAUGCUGCACUCAGACAGAACCUCAUUGAGCUGAUGGACAUUGACUCUCUGCUGAGGAUGACGGAAGACUUCUUUGAAGAGGCUGAGUCGCUACUAACCUGCUCUGAGGUUCCUUCUGAAGAUUCCGUGUCUAUGACCGUUUCAUCACACAUAACCAGCCGCAGAAACAGCAACUCCAGCACCACUGGAGCUCUACAUUUAAGCUUUAUUGCAGGUGUCAUCAAACAAGAAAGGUUUCCUGCUUUUGAAAAGGUUCUUUGGCGCCUUUUUCAUGGAAACUUCGUCCUUCGGCAUGCAGAGAUACAGACCACUGAGGAACUCCAAGCGGUGAGGGGAGUUGUGAAGAAGGACGUGUUCAUUAUAUUUGUCCAGGGAGAUCAUGUGCGAGAAAAGAUCAGAAAAGUGUGUGAAGGGUUUCGUGCCAGCUUGUACUCAUGCCCCAAAACUCUGUAUGAACGCAAGCAAAUGAGCAACCGCAUAAUGACACAAAUGGAAGAUCUUCGAAUGAUCCUGAGAAGAACUGAAGAAUAUCGUGCUGGUGUCUUGACCCGAGCAGCGGAGCAUGUACAGGAGUGGGGCAGUAAAGUGAAGAAGAUGAAGGCCAUCUACUACACCCUCAAUCUCUGCAACAUUGACAUCACGCAGAAGCUGAUUGUGGCAGAGAUCUGGUGUCCUGUGUCAGAUCUCAAUUUAGUUCAAAACGCCCUGAUUAAGGGAUCAGAGCAGAGUGGUUCCACUGUGACUCCAGUCCUGAACCGCAUCCAAACCCAGCAAACUCCACCAACCUUCAACAGAACCAACACAUUUACUGAGGGUUUCCAGACUAUUAUUGAUGCCUAUGGGGUCGGUACUUAUCAGGAAAUCAAUCCAGCUCCAUACACUAUCGUAACCUUUCCCUUCCUGUUUGCGGUGAUGUUUGGAGAUUGUGGUCAUGGACUGGUGAUGACGCUAUUCGCAGUCUGGGUCAUUUCACAGGCUGAAACUUUACGAAUGUUGAAAAAUGAGCUUACAGAUGUUGUAGUUGGGGGACGCUAUAUUAUCCUGCUCAUGGGAAUGUUCUCUAUCUACACUGGCCUGAUUUACAACGACUGCUUCUCCAAGUCCUUCAACAUCUUCGGCUCUUCCUGGUGUGUUCGUCCCAUGUUUUAUCCACAUGGGCCUUGGCAAAAUGAAACACUGCAUGAGCAUCACCAUCUUCAGCUGAACCCAUUUGUGCCCGGAGUUUAUUCGGGACAUCCAUAUGUGUUUGGAAUUGACCCGGUUUGGAAUAUCGCAUCAAAUAAGCUGUCCUUUCUAAACUCCUUCAAGAUGAAGAUGUCGGUCAUAUUGGGAGUCAAUCAUAUGCUCUUCGGACUCACCCUGAGCUUGGUAAACUUUGUGCAUUUCCAAAAAUUCCAGGACAUUUUCCUUCAGUUUGUUCCGCAGCUGAUCUUCAUGCUGUCUCUGUUUGGAUAUCUGAUCUUCCUCAUCCUCUACAAAUGGUGCAUCACUCUACAGUCUGAAACGGCUCCCAGUAUUCUGCUGCUCUUCAUCAACAUGAUGCUGUUUGAUUACCAGUCUGGGCAUAAGCUUCUCUAUGGAGGACAGAAAGCAGUUCAGAUCUUCUUGGUUGUGACGGCGGUGCUCAUGGUUCCUGUGCUGCUUCUGGUCAAACCCUUCCUCAUCUACAGGACCCGAAUGAAGACUAGACACCAGGUGAGUAUGGGUGACAUCUUUGUGUAUCAGGCCAUCCACACAAUCGAGUACUGCCUGGGCUGCAUCUCUAACACGGCCUCGUAUCUUCGGCUCUGGGCGCUCAGUCUGGCUCACGCAGAGCUGUCGGAGGUGCUUUGGCGGAUGGUUCUCCAGGUUGGUCUUAAGAUCUCCUCUGGAAUGGGUUCAUUCCUGCUCGUUUUGCUGUUUGCUGCUUUCGCUGUUCUCACCGUGACUAUUCUACUGGUUAUGGAGGGCCUGUCUGCAUUUCUCCACGCUUUACGACUGCACUGGGUUGAAUUUCAGAACAAGUUUUACGAGGGAUCCGGCUACAAGUUCACACCCUUGUCCUUUGACAGCCUGUUAAAAACACAGCAGUAAUAGUUUUUAUACAUGCUAUUCUUGUCGUUUUUAUGGUAAAUAUAGUUUUGUGAAUGCAACAAAUGCAUAUUUCAAAUCAUAGGUCUUCAACAGGGAAGUGAUGAAAAUUUGCAAAUAGAUGACUUUGUUUCUCCAUCAGAACAGAUUUGCAGACAUUUAGCAUCAC